ACAACCACUGUAGUUACCGAAACAGUAGAGUUAAAGGCUCCAGAUUCAAAACCAGUCGGAGAAGUUCCUGUUGUGGUCGAAGAUAAACAAAUCGAAAAAGCAGAGGAAGUGAAACCAGUUGAAGAGGUUGUUGAAACGCAAACCAUUGUACAGCAACCUAUUGUAUUGGUAAAGGAGGAGCCAAAGGAAAAUGUUAAGAAAUCCAAUGAAGUGAGUGCACCAGUAGUUCUGCCAACAGACGAGAAAUUUAUUGUGAAUGAAGAAAUUAACUUUGAGCUCAUUGAGGAGAAGCCUAAAAACAAGAAAAUUGUCACAUUUGGCGAUGAGAGUUCUCAUGAAAUUUUGGAAAUUAAACCUGCUGACUCUUUUGACUCUUAUGAGAACGUGCAACUUGCACCAGAAAUAGUGCAUUAUCCUGUCAGUAACUUCUCGGAAGAAUUAAGUAUUGGUGAAAGCGAAUUAUUGAUUAUGCCUAAAUGGUCUGAUGGUAAGCCACUUCAGGAGGAGAAAACUGUUAUUGACACUUGGUCAAGCGUAUUAGAGGAUACAACACCUAUUUCACAAAAUAUUGCGUUUAUCUCAAAAUUAUCUGCGGACGCGCCAGAAUUUACUCCAUCUUAUUUACGGCAGGCAGACUCUGAUCAAAACAUACUUUUCUUAGAAAGCGAAAGAAAUCUUAACACUUCCAUAGAUGGACAUAAGCAAUACGAAAAAGUGCAGAAGAAGUCUAAACAGCAAAAAAGAGAAGAAAACAUACAGAAGGUUGUUACAGAAGAGAAACAUGACAAACCUUCAAAACUCAAUGUUGAUGCCGCAGAGUUCAAAGUUGCUGCCGAUACAAGGGAUGCAAGUACAUCACGAGGAAAGUCUUAUGCUGAUAUUGUAUUUGGUGAUCACUCGCAUAAAGAGGAAUCUAAACCAAACCUUAGUGUUGCCGAAAAUCUGACUGUGUCUGUAGAAAAGGUAGUCGAAAAGGUCGUCCCUGUUGAGAGUAUAAAACCUAAGGAAGAGAAAAAAAAGAAAACAAAGAAAGAGAAACGUAGAGCUGAACAAGUCGUUAAAGCAAUUGAACCGGCAGCGGAGGAAGUACCUGAGAAAGCACCAGAUAAUAUUGAAGAAAACUUAGAACCAAUCGUUUCGGAUUUGCCCCGAACUGUGCCAGAUAGUACGCAGGCACCAAUGCUUUCAUGGUCUUCUAUUGUAAAGAAGCCGGGUGAAUGGGUCGAUGACAUCGUUAGCAAAACAAAGAAGGUAUUUGUCGACAGCGAUAAAAAAGUGGCCAGCACUGACAGAAAAACUGAAAAGGAAGUUACUAAAGGAAAGCCAAUAUCAAGAGAAAGGGAGGAUAAGCCCAAAAAGACUAAGAAGCAUAAAACUAAGGACGAUUUGACAAAACCAGAUAAGCCUUCUGAAAUACAUGCUCAUGCAAAAUCUGAUGACGCUGACUUCUUGGAGAGUGACGAAUCCGAUAUAUUGAAAGAAAAUGGUCAAAGUCCAGUGACAUCUGAGGAUGAGCCGCAACAAACUGUGGAAACAGUAGUUGUACCUGAUAAUGAUGCAACAACAAAAUCUGAAGGAAGCGUUAUUUCCUGGGCGUCAUUAGUUAGUAGACCGGGAGAAUGGAUAGACGAAACUGUUUCUAAACAAAAAGCGCCAGUAGAACCCGUUCAUAAGACUGAAAAAGCAAAACCAUCAAAAAUCAAGGAAAAGAAAACGAAAACAAAACCUAAACCUGAAAGAGUAACUAAAAGAGAAGAGCCUAAUCGCGAGCAGACCGUUGACACAAAUGCUGAAGACAAUACCGUAAAUAUAGUUGAGAUAGACCAAGUACCGUUAGUUAUAGAAAAAGAAGAAGUAACAAUCGAAACCAAGGAAUCAGAAGCUCCUUCACAACCCCAAGGUUUUUCAUGGGCAGCUUUAGUAAAACGGCCUGGUGAAUGGGUCGAUGAUAUAAAGGAACGGAAAAAAGUGGAGAAAAUAACUGAGCCUGUUAGCAGUGAAACAACCUCAAAGACAGAAACCCAAGCCAGUCAAACGAAAACACCGAAAAAUAUAUCUAAAAAGGUUAAAGAAAACACCCGUGUUUCUAAAGAAAGAACACAAAAGGAUACUUCCCUUGUUACAACAUCUGACAGCGACUCUGAUAAACAAGAAAAACAGUCUGCUCCUGAGCCGAAUAAUAUGACAUGGGCUAAAAUUGCAAGUCAAACAAACGAUAACUUAAUUGAAGUAAAGACUCCUACGGACAAAGAAAUACUAAGGUCUAAGGCAACAAAACCAGCGAAAGAGUUCCCUCAACCCAAGGAAAAACUGAUAUCUAAACCCAAAAAAGAAGAAAGCAAGGAAAUACCUGUAGUUCAAGCCGCUGCUCCUUCUAAACUGUCAUGGGCCUCUAUAGUGAGCCAAUCCACAACAGAUUUUAUUAGCAAUGAACGAAAUCGACCCGCUCCGAAGAUCGAGAAGGUCAAACCGGCUCCCCAAAAAGCUAAACAAGUUGAAAAAAUUGAAUAUAGAAAGAUUGAGGAACCAGAACCUGCUUUUGAGCAGAAACAAACUCUGGAUGAUUUCGAAUGGAAUAACUUCACUGAAACAACACUUUCAGCGACUGAUAAAAUUAGUGAAAACGAUAAUAGUCAAAAUCAAUCUAAAUCUUGGAAAGAUAUGAUUGAUGAAGAAAUUGAUGACAUAUUUUCUGAAGACAUUCCAAAAACACACACUGAGCCUAAACCACAAGAAAAGUUUGCCGAAGAGAAACCAAUGGAACAGGAAAAAUACGUAAAACCAGUUGUAGAAUUGGUAGUAGAGCAAACUAUCAUAGAACAAUCCACGAAAUUAGUAACAGAAGAAAGUGUUUCCCAGGCUACGACGGAAACCACUAAGACAAUUGGUGUAGUUACUGAAGCAGAAGAAUCAAAGACUUCAGAACUGAAACCAGUAGAAAAAAUUUCUGUAUUGGUUGAAGAGAAGCCAAUCAAAAAGGUUGAGGAAGUGAAACCAGUGCAAGAGAUUGAAGAAGUGAAAGUGGAACAACCCGCUGAACCCGUCAAGGAAGAACCCAAGAAACCUGCUUACGCUGGUCUUCCCAUUGAUGAAUCUUCAGGUACAUGGAUGGAUGUUCUCGACGAACCAAUGGUAUUCUCUGACGAAGAAGAAAACACAGAAGAACCUGCUGCUGAGACUACUACCACAACUAUUGUAGUGACUGAAACAGUAGAAUCAAAGGCCUCAGAAUCCAAAGCAGUAGAGGAAAGAUCUGUUGUGGUUGAAGGCAAACCAAUCGAAAAGGUUGAGGAAGUGAAGCCAGUACAAGAGAUUGAAGAAGUGAAAGUGGAACAACCUGCUGAACCCGUCAAGGAAGAACCCAAGAAACCUGCUUACGCUGGUCUUCCCAUUGAUGAAUCUUCAGGUACUUGGAUGGAUGUUCUUGACGAACCAAUGGUAUUUUCUGACGAAGAAGAAAAAACAGAAGAACCUGUUACUGAGACCACCUCGCAGGCUACUACCACAACUAUUGUAGUAACUGAAACAGUGGAAUCAAAGACCUCAGAACCCAAAGCAGUAGAAGAAAAAUCUGUUGUAGUUGAAGAGAAACCAAUCGAAAAGGUUGAGGAAGUGAAGCCAGUACAAGAG